GGUUCGGAUAUUACAAUUUCAAGAUGGCUGCGCCCAUGUAAAACAUGUCAAAUAUUUAACUUAUGAAAAGAUAUAUCUGCAUGUUCGUAAAAUUACGCAUUUUAGGAUCAAAGAAUUGGAUCCAGAAAGGGUUUAUUUUCAGAGUAAAUGUCUGCAUGAUGUCAGAUAGUACCACUAGUAAAACAGAUUUCAAACCGUCAGAUGAUGAUUCUUGCUCUAACCAAAUGAGUGGAGAAAAAGAAACAGACCAAACUCAGACUGUCUCUAUUCCAAGUACCAGUAAAUCAGGAAUAUCAUUGGAGAAUUUAUCAGGAAAAGCCAGGAGAGCACUCAUAAGGAAAGAGAAAUACAAGGAGUUAAAGAGGAAAAACAAAGGAUUGACAAACAACCCUAACCCUGGAUACAAUAUCUUUAAUGAAACAGAAUACUACUUUGAAAAUGGUUUGAGGAAAGUAUAUCCUUAUUUCUAUGUCUUCUCCACAUUUGUGAAAGGCCGCUGGUUUAAUCGCACAUUAUGUGAUAUUUUCAUGAAUGAGUUCACAUUAGCAAAGGAAUAUGAUGUGGAAACUCUGGUGAAGGAAGGUCAUAUAACUGUAAAUGGUAAAGCCGUGCCUCUUGAAUACAAGAUCAAACAAGGAGAUGUCAUUGAAAAUAAUAUUCACAGACAUGAAAACCCAGUGUCAGGAGAGACAAUUGAGGUGAUUGAGGAUAACAAAGAUGUAGUAGUGGUCAACAAACCCUCGUCCAUUCCCUGUCACCCCUGUGGGAACUACCGCUACAACUCCAUGGUCUUCAUUCUUGGCAAGGAGCUGGGCUAUGGAAAUCUCAGAACUGUGUACAGACUCGAUCGCUUGACAUCAGGAGUUCUUAUUUUCACAAAGAAUGAAGCCUCUACAAGAAAAUACAUUGAUGACAUCACAAACAGGAAUGUGGAGAAAGAAUAUGUCUGUAGAGUGGAGGGAGAGUUUCCAGAAGGGGAAGUGGUUUGUGAGCAACCCAUUGCUAAAGUGUCAUUUAAGAUGGGGAUAAUGAAGUGUGGGGCUGAUGGUAAACCUUCUAAGACCACUUUCACUCGACUCAGUUAUAAUGGGAAAACCAGUGUUGUCAAAUGCAAACCAUAUACAGGUCGCACUCAUCAGAUUAGGGUACAUCUUCAGUAUUUAGGUCACCCAAUAGUUAAUGAUGCAUGCUACAACAGUACAUGUUUUGGUCCUGAAAAGGGAAAGGGUGGGAAUUACCAGCUCACAGAUACACAGAUAAGAGAACUAAAAGAAGAUGAACACAACAGAGAAAUGUGGACCAGCACGGGUGAAAAUCCAGACUUUCUCAAACGCAUUACAGAGCUCAAAGAGGAGCAAAAAAAUCCUGGUGAUCAGGGCGCAAAUUCAGAACCAACUCCCAAAAAGUCUAAGCUUAAUUCAUGUGAGAAAAGUGACUCCAAUUCAGAGGACAAGAAAUUAAGUGAUCCCUCUGCAAGUGUUUUCAAGACUGAUGGUGACCAAAGGUUAAAAAUGGAUGGGAAACCCCAGCCUCCUUUUGAGUGGGACAAGUGGCUUCCCUCGGAGUCAUGUCCACUCUGCAAGAAAAAGUUUCUGGACCCGACACCUGAUCAGCUGACACUCUACCUCCAUGCUUUAAGUUACAAAGGCCCUGACUGGUACUAUGAGACCUCCAUGCCUCCUUGGGCAGAGCCUAAUUGGGAAGAGGGAACCUGACCUGAAAUAUUGUGUUAAUUAUAUAUAGCAGUACAUGUAAAUAGUAAAAUUUAAAAUGGAUAUGGUUUUGUUCUUUAUAUAUCCUUAAAGUUGAAACUUUCAACAUUUUUUUUUCAAAGUUUAGCUGAUC